AUGUUCCUUGACAAAAUAAAACCAACUACAGAAAUAAAUGACGCAAGACUGAAACAUUGGGUAAAAGCUUUCCCAUUCACAAAAGAUAUUAUUGGUUACAUGGAAAGAAAACCAGAAUGGCUACAAAAACAUAUAUUUGGAAACGAGCUUAUUCCAUAUGGACAAGCUCUGUUUGAAGAGCUUGAACCGGAAACUCAGGAAAGAGUCAUGCAAACAAUAAGCGAAGACUCAAAUACAAACUAUGACAAAAUCUUUCUAGGAUAUUGGUUACCUGAGAUGGGCGACCAGAGCCCAAAGGCAAAAAGGACAUGGGAAAUUUACAACAUACUAGGUGAACAUGAGGCAAAGAUGCAACAACUUGAAGCAGAGGGCAAGUUACCAAAAGCGACACCAAAGAAGAAGAGUAGAACAAAGUGA